UAGCAUUAUGUGUAGCGGUAGCGCUAUGUUGGUGGUCUAGCUAGCUAGUAACGUUGCAAACAAAUCUGUUACCCUCACUUCACCCGCAAUAUUGCAACAAGAAAUUUACAAGAAAAAGGACGUGGUCUUUCUUCACACUAGCUUGACGCUCGUCAGGUCGACGGACGCUGCCUUGGAAACGACAUAAAUCCAGUCCACGCAGCUGUGUCGCGAGCAGGACCCAGAUUUCUACACUUCAAAGGCUUCCGCUCCUCAUCUUCCUCCUCCACCACCUCUCUCCAUCCAUCCAUCCAUCCGUCGAGCUGCGGACAUGGGCGUUCUGAAAUGAAAUGCAGAGCCGGAGAGAAGCAGAGAGAACCAUUUAAGUAAGCGAGAGAAGAAGGUGACAGAGACCGCAGCCAGGCAUAUAGACCAGCAUGCCGUUGGUGAAAAGGAACAUUGAGCCCCGGCACCUGUGCCGUGGGGCGUUGCCGGAUGGGGUGACCAGUGAACUGGAGUGUGUUACCAACAGCACCCUGGCAGCAAUCAUCAAACAGCUGGGUGGUCUGAGUCGCCAUGCAGAGGACAUUUUCGGAGAGCUGUUUAAUGAAGCCAACAGCUUCUACCUGAGGAUGAGCAGCCUGCAGGAAAGAGUGGACCAGCUGGCCGUGAAAGUCACCCAGCUCGACUCCACUGUGGAGGAAGUCUCCCUGCAGGAUAUUAACAUGAGGAAGGCCUUUAAGAGUAGCACCAUCCAGGACCAGCAGGUGGUGUCAAGGACCUCUGUUCCCAACCCUGUGGUGGAGAUGUACCAUCGCUGUGACAAACCACCUCCGCUCAACAUUCUCAGCCCCUACAGGGACGACAAGAAGGACGCAUUGAAGUUCUACACUGACCCCUCCUACUUCUUCAACCUUUGGAAGGAGAAGAUGCUGCAGGCCACCGAGGACAAACGCAAGGAGAAGAGACGGCAGAAGGGCUGUCCGGCCCACCCUGACAGGCCCCACUCCAGACAGGCCCCACCCAGGAGCCCCCUGUCCAUCUCUGAGCAUCAGAAGCAGGUUGAGGACCCGGGCAGAGAGGUGAAGAAGGUGCGUAAGGCUCGUAAUCGGCGUCAGGAGUGGAAUGUCCUGGCCCAGGACAAAGAGUUCAGACCAGAAGCCAGGCUCACCCCCUCCCCGUACCAUGGCAUGUCCUCAGAAGGCUCCCUGUCCCCUGAUAGCAGGUCAAUGGCGUCUGACUCCUACCCAGCAAGCCCCAACCACCCCUCCACCCAGGCCCCCAGCGCCGUCCACCCCACCGACCACACCAGGGACCACCUCAGCGCCGCAGCCCAGACCCAGUCGCUGGAUCGGAUCCUCAGGCCUCCCAACCAGCCCCCGGGAGCCGGAGGACCCGCGCCAGCAGGGCGACAUGCGGCCUCCCUGGGCAGGGCCCCAUCAGGACACGGGGUCCAGGCUGGGGGAGAUCCGACGGUUAACGGGCCGAGGCAGCAGUCGGUUAAGGAAUACCGGGCCGGGCACGGUUCCCAGACCCAACAUCUGGAUGUGGUACUAUAUCCCCCCCCUCCUCCCUCCCCCAACCAUCCCUCGGCCCAGACCGCCUUCGACUCCACUACGGCCCCGCCUUCCGCGGCCGCCUCCGCCAUCCCCCCCACCUCCUCCACCCUCACCCGUCCCUACUCCCCUUCCCCUCCUCCCCCGGCCAACUACGUGCCCUCCCCAUCCCACCCUCCUUCGGGUGCACCGCCGGCCGCCCCUCCCCCGCCGCCGCCGGGAGCCCCUACAGGCUACCACGCUCACCCGUCACCGCCGCACGCCGCUGUCGGCCAGUCGGCUGCGGAUGCGGCGCCCUCCACCAGGAAGUCCACCAUGCUGGGGAUGAUCCCGAUGAGCGACGCCCGCUCCGACCUGCUGGCCGCCAUACGUAGAGGCAUCCAGCUGAGGAAGGUGCAGGAGCAGAGGGAGCAGGAGGCGAAGAGGGAGCCAGUCGGCAACGACGUGGCCACCAUCCUGUCGCGCCGUAUUGCCGUGGAGUACAGCGAGUCGGACGACGACUCCGAGCUGGACGAGAACGAGUGGUCUGACUAAACAUUUGUCUAAAGGGUGACACAGGGGCACGGUGGGUGGGUGGCGAUCACUGGUAGGUAGGAGGGGGUGAAACAUUGGGACACUGAGGUGGAAAUGAAGGGGUUUGGUGAAUGUUCAUCCUUAAGUAUCUUAACAGAAAAAAAUGUGAUUCCAUCAUACAUUCAUACGUUCACACACAUGCUUGCAGCCUCUCGGAACAUUAUGCACUUCUACAGCAACAGGUUGGCAAUUUCGGCUUGCUCGGUUGCCCCUGACGACGUCUAUUCUUGAACUGAAACCCUAGAGGUUUGUGCGUCUAACCACCCAGGGUGCACGGCGCAAUAAACACUCAAACCAUUUCAACACCCACAACCACUAACACUCAGCUGCGAAAAAGAAAUGCGCCAUGCCACUUCUCCCUCCGUUCAUAUUUGAGUGAUAAUUAUGAUCAGUAUUACAGGUUGGGAGCCUGUAAUAACUGUUGUGAGGUGGGCCCCUGGUGAGUAAGGGGUCAAUGUGUUUACAAAGCACAUGGUAUAGCACAGCAAGAUAAAAACGAAUUAUAGUGCAAUCUUAACUUAUCUGCCAAAUGUUGAGAAUGGAAUUCAUGAAAACAAGUCAGGAAAAUUAGGGAAAAAAUAGAGAGGACACGAAACAGGCACACUCUCCAUCAGAGACUACACUGUCGUUUUGAGAGUUUGGUCACUUUAUUAGCCAGCAUGUGACAAUGGAAUCGGCACCAAAAUGAUCUUGUGGUAAUGAACUCUGGCUGGUGUGCAUGCUAACAGUUGAAUAUAUAUAGCAUGUUGCUAACUGCAUAAUUACUGUCAUAAUAAUGUCCUGCAGGGUAUUGGUUAAAGGUACAUAACAUCAGAGAUAGAACAAUGCUCUUUGGAGCUUCUUAAGAUUUUGUAAGUAGACCUCCUAUAUAAGUUGUAGCUUAAACAGGAGGUGAGCAAACAGCUGAAGACUUCGAUCCGGUGAUUUGUGAUGGACUUAAUGAAAUAGAUUCAGUUUACAGAGAUGGAUUUCCAAACACGACACGGAUUAAAAACCAACAACACCCAGUUUGGUUUGGUAAAAAUCUUCAUAUUUUGGAUAAUAUUCUCUACAUUUGCUUCCGACCUCUAAUUUUUUGACCACAGGUUUACUGUGAUGAAAAACCAUCGAUUCGCGAAUAGAAUUCAAAAUACAGACUUGUUUAUGUUAAUAAACCUUGAACUGCAUCAGAAAACAUUCAUAAUUUACAUGUAAUUGAUGUCUCUUGUUAGUCCGUUUUUAAUAAAAGACCUAAAUCAAUUAAGGGGUAAUAGCAAUUUCAAAAAUGUUUUUUUAUUUUAUUUUGGUAGCUAAGCAAUGAGUGUUUACAAUGUUGUUUGAGUUUUUAAUGUCUUGUAUAUUGUGUGUAGUGUAGGUCUUGAUUCAGUCCAUUGUUUGUUGACAUCAUAAUGUCUUUUUCAAGAGAGCCCUGUGAACAAGUAAACAUAUACUAUUCAGAAAACAUAAAUACAAGUAGCAUUCAAAAUGAUAAUGAUAUAAUAUUUAAAAAAUAUUUGAAAGAAAAGAUUUAAUUUUUAAACCUUUUUGUGAGGAUUGCAUUGUAUUCAAAAGCUACUCUGUUUCAUUUAAAGCUCUUUCAAAUGACCUGACAUUAUAAUUGCUGCACAUGCACCAACUAAAAGUAUCCGCAGGGAGAAAUGGGUUGCUGGUUCUCUUGUAAUGUUUUUGGGUAACCCUUUACUUGAAGGUAUCUACAUAAGAGUGACAUGACACUGUUAUGAACACAUGACACUGUCAUGACACAUGAACCCUAACCAUAACUUGUCAUGACAAAAAGCGAAUGACACUUACUAAAAGUGUUAGGUCAUAAACGUUUAUGACUUGUUUAUAAUGUUUGACACGUUCGUGACCGCGUCAUGUCACUCUCAUGUAGAUACCUUCACAUAAAGUGUAACCUGUUUUUGUUAAAGCGGUUCGAGCGACCAAACUCCCAUGACGUCAGUGUAGUCCUUGAACUCCCACCUUUAACAUCGUUAUAUACAGUAGUUCUCCCAUUGUGUAACGGCUGAAGCUGCGAUGAGAGACGCCACCCACCCACGUUUACGCUGGUUUUGGGAAAACAAGCGCCACCAGCUUUGUUGAACCAUCAUUCAGCCUCCAUAUCACAGCAUUGAACAAUAAAGCAAGCGAGCGUGCUUAUGCCAUUAUUUUUGUUUUAUUUUCUUAUUUUCUUUGCUCCUUUUGGUAGUCUUUCAUGACACGAAGCCUAACAUUUCAGCCAGUGACUGUGUGCUGUGGUAUUGUCUUAUAUAAACGCUUCCACACUUAACCACACAGCAGAUGCCGCACUCAGCUAAGCUUGUCAUCCUGACCCAGGGUCAAAGGUCAUGUCCACUCAGCACUGCUGUCUGUGGUGGCGUUGUGAACGCAGCCCCUGGACUAUACAUAAGUGUAAGAGACUUGCAACAGUAAUAUACAGUAAUAUUAUCUAUCUCUUUUCAGUAUAGGUUUGGCUAAUCCUCAGUAUGAGCUGAUUGGACUGUAGUGUUUUUAUAAUGUGUUUUUUUUUUCUUUUUAAAAUGUGCUGCAGUGAGUUGUUCACUUUGGUUUAUUUUAGGGUUUUCUACUCAAGGGCCAGGAUCCAGGUGCCGGAUAAAGCAGUUUAACUUGUGUUAGAGAAGCCAGUUAAAGGAUGAUUCUAAUUAUAUUUAGUUUUUACCGGAUACACCUGCUCCUAACCGCCUGAAUAUCCCAUUUAAAAAAAAAAAAAAAACAGGAUUCAAACUGCAUUUAA